AGAGAAUUGUGUGCGUUUGGCGGGUUUCGCUGUCUUGCUAAGUAUUUGAUCAUCCCACAGGAGAGGGAACCAGGGACAAGAAGACGUAGUGACGUCGCCACUGAAGAAAAAGGACAGUUCGGACUCCCCGAUGGCCAUGGCUGUGGAAUUUAAAACUUAUGUAGAUCAGGCAUGCAGAGCUGCUGAGGAAUUUGUCAAUAUUUACUAUGAGACAAUGGACAAAAGAAGACGGGCACUAACCAGGCUGUAUCUGGACAAGGCCACUUUAAUAUGGAAUGGAAAUGUUGUUACAGGGCUGGAAGCCCUAGCCAAUUUUUUUGACAUGUUGCCUUCUAGUGAAUUCCAGGUCAAUAUGUUAGAUUGCCAGCCAGUUCAUGAACAAGCUACUCAGGCCCAGACCACAGUUCUUGUUGUGACCAGUGGAACUGUGAAGUUUGAUGGCAACAAGCAACACUACUUCAACCAGAACUUCCUGCUGACCGCUCAGACUACUGCUAACAAUACCGUGUGGAAGAUUGCAAGUGACUGCUUCCGUUUUCAAGAUUGGGCUGCUAUUUAA